UUCACUCAGACCUGCUUUUGCCUCCGUUACGAAGACGCAUGUUAAACGGUUUUUAAAUAUCGACGACGACAACGACCACGCCGUCAUUUCUCAAGAGGUUUUUUCAUUAAAACAAAUCUACUUAAAGUAUUAAGUGCCAUUAUCUUUUAAUCCUCAAGCAGCUCUUAUAAAAUUCUGUGAUCUUUAAUUAAUUAUUCUUCUACUACAUUGUAGAGAAGAAAUCGCGCGUGCUUUGAUAUUGUGAAUUUUUCAAAUUUUUUUAAAAAGCUCCAGCAAUUUCCCAUCGGGGACUAUCGGCGAUUAAAUUUAUAUUGAACAUCCCGCCGACUAAACCCGUAUUUUUAAAAAAAAUCUUUGCAAUCAACAAAAACGUUUGCGCGCGCAGAAUUGAAACAGGAACGCACGCACAGCAAACGCCGGGUCAGCAAAAAAAAGUAAAUCCCAGAAGGGAAUUAACUGCAAAAGAAAAAAAUAAAUAAAUAAAAGGAAUCUAGACUUUAAAGAAUACCUUGGAUGAGGAAUACCUUCUGAGUCUUGUGACUCAUACUGACCCACAGGCCGAUAUAGACAGCAUCAUUAUCAUCAUCAUCAUCAUCGACUGGAGUCUUUACCAGUAAAAAAGUAAAAAAAAAAAUAAAUAUAUACAAUUCUACAGUCUCCACUCCAUUUCCCCACUACUUGGAGAUCCACAUAGCAAUAGUACCAUCACCAUACCUACCAACACCAUCACCACCACCAUCACCAUCACCAUCUCCAUUUCAAAAGAAUAUACGUACACAUAGCUGAAGGCUAGAGUAUAGAGUUUUGCCUCGUGUUCAUACCACGCCGGCGAUAAAAUGAAUGAGAAUGAUAAGUCAGUCAGGAGUGAGAACUCCAACGUGGUGGAAGACGAGAACGAAAUGUUUGAGCGGGAAUUAGCAGAGGAUGCACAGUGGAAAAGGAUACAGCAGAAUACGUUCACAAGAUGGGCCAACAAACAUUUGAAAUCAAUAAACAAAUAUAUUGAUGACCUGGAAUGUGAUUUAUCUGACGGUCUAAAUCUCGUAAAUCUGCUAGAAGUUUUGUCACAAAAACGUUUGCCUAAACACAAUAAAAGACCGAAUUUUAGAUCACAAAAACUGGAAAAUGUUGCUGUCGCUUUGAAAUUCCUUGACGAUGAAGGCAUACGUAUUGUUAAUAUCGACUCAUCAGAUAUCGUUGACUGUAAGCUUAAACUGAUACUUGGAUUAAUAUGGACCCUAAUUCUCCACUAUUCAAUUUCAAUGCCCAUGUGGGAUUACGACGACACGGAGGAAGCACAGAAAGGCGCCACUCCCAAACAGAGAUUGAUGCACUGGAUCCAAGCAAAAUUACCUGAGCUACCAAUAAAUAACUUCACAUCUGACUGGAAUGACGGUAGAGCCGUUGGUGCACUUGUUGAUGCAGUCGCACCAGGUUUGUGUCCUGACUGGCCUGACUGGAACCCCAAGGAUGCCGUACAAAAUGCCUCCGAGGCAAUGAGUCUUGCUGAUGACUGGCUCAACAUACCACAGCUUAUAAGUCCCGAGGAAAUGGUGAAUCCAAAUGUUGAUGAGCUGUCGAUGAUGACUUAUUUGUCGCAAUACCCUAAUGCUAAAUUGAAAACUGGCGCACCUUUACGUGCACGCACUAAUCCCAACAGAGUUCGCGCCUAUGGACCGGGUAUCGAACCUAAAGGACCGAUAGUCAAUGCGCCAGCAAAUUUCACCGUCGAAACAUUCUCAGCUGGCAAAGGCGACGUUGAAGUAACGGUCGAUGACGCUAAGGGACAUAAAUUACCAGUGGACAUCCGUUUUAAUAACGACAGGAAUCUUACGUACUCUGUUUCGUAUACUCCUAAGAGCGAGGGACCUCACAAAGUUCGGGUUCUCUACGGCGGCCGUGAAAUUCCAAAAAGCCCUUACACUGUUGCGGUCGAAGGUGUUCCAGGUGACCCGAGUAAAGUAACUGCCAGUGGUCCUGGUCUACAACCCGACGGUGUCGUGGUAAAUCGCCCAACGUAUUUCGACAUUUUUACAAAAGAUGCUGGUCGCGGAGUACCGGAAGUUAUUAUUCUUGAUCCCCAGAGUUCAAAGACAACUGUACCAGUUAAAUUGCGUCAAACAUCACCCGACGUUUGGAGAUGCGAGUACGUGUCACCGGUAACUGGUUUGCAUUCGGUGAAUGUAUUUUUCGCUGGUAAAUUAAUACCAAAAAGUCCUAUGGGAGUUAACGUCGCACCGCUGUCAGAUGCUAAAAAAUGCCGCGCUUAUGGCCGUGGUCUGUUACCCAAUGGUGUAAGGGUUAAAGAUAUAGCAGACUUCGUUAUCAUAACCAAGGAUGCGGGUGAAGGAAUACCAGAAGCCCGAUGCAUUGGUCCAGGAGGUGUUAAUUUACCCAUAACAAUAAAUAAAAUUGAUGGUAACAAUUAUAAGUGUCAUUAUGUGCCGAUAAAAGAAGGCAGACAUGUUGUGAUGAUAACAUACGGCGGUAAAGAAAUACCCAAGUCACCAUUUGAAGUAAAUGUUGGCCCUUAUAAAGAAUCAUCAAUACGCGUAUUUGGUCCUGGAUUACACGGCGGUAUGGUAAAUCAUCCGGCUAGAUUUACCGUUGAUACAAAUGGUGAAACUGGAGCGUUAGGAUUUUCAAUAGAAGGACCGUCUAAAGCUAAAAUUGAUUGCCAUGACAAUGGCGAUGGAACAGCGGACGUGACUUAUUUACCAACAGCACCAGGACCAUACGCUGUCCACAUACUUUGUGACAAUGAGGACAUUCCAAAGAGUCCGUACAUUGCAACAAUUCAACCUGAAGCGGAUUUCCAUCCGGAUAAAGUUGAAGUGCACGGUCCGGGUAUUCAACCUGAAGGCGUAGCACGUGAUAAGCCCACGCAUUUUAUCGUCGACGCUAAAAAAGCUGGACAAGCUCCACUGGACGUUACUAUUCAAGAUGCAUUGGGACGUGAUGUGCCAGUUAAGCUGGAAAAUAAACACGACGGUACUGUACAGGCGCACUAUGCACCAACAUCUGGCUCUCAGCACAUAGUCAUGGUAAAUUAUGGAGGUGUUGCUACGAAGAAAUCGCCGUAUCGAGUCAAAGUCGCGUCGCCAUUAAAUCCUGCGAUGGUUGCGGCCUUUGGUCCUGGUUUAGAGAAAGGAAUAAAGUCAAAUACUCCGACACAUUUCAAUAUUGAUUGCCGCGAAGCUGGUAACGGUGACUUAGACGUUACUAUGAAGAGUCCUGAGGGUCAUGACUUACCGAUUUCGCUGACUGACAAUGAAGAUGGAACCUACACAGUAGAUUAUGUCGCCCCUCAGCCGGGUACAUACACCGUUAAUCUAAAUUACGGUGGUCUAAAAGUACCUCAGUGUCCUAUCAAGGUCAAUGUUCAGCCGCAUGUUGACGUGUCGAAAAUAAAAGUUGAAGGACUUGAACCAACGGCACCAGUCAACAGUCUCCAGCAAUUCCGCGUGAUAACCCAGGAGGCUGGCAAGGCGGCUGAUUUUCAAGUUGUUAUAACAACUCCGUCGGGUAAUAGAGUCAAGGCCCAUAUUAUUCCUGCACACGACGGCUACUUGGUUAAUUUUACGCCCACUGAACUCGGUGAAUACCUGUUGGGAAUAAGUUUUGGCGGCGAAGCAAUAACAUCAUCACCUUACCGUUUAAAUUGCGUUCACGGCAGCGAUCCAUCCAAGGUCCGUGCAUCUGGACCGGGUCUGCAUCGAGGUCUAGUCUCCAGGCCAGCUGAGUUUGUCAUUGACACACGUGGUGCCGGACAAGGCGGCCUUGGUGUCACUGUGGAGGGGCCUUGCGAAGCUGCGAUAAAUUGCCGGGACAAUGGCGAUGGCACUUGUUCGGUCGCCUAUUUACCAACUGAACCCGGGGAUUACAUCAUCAAUAUCACAUUCAAUGAUCGCCAUAUACCUGGGUCACCAUUUCAAGCUAUCAUCGCACCAGAGCAGGAUCUCUCCAAGAUCAAGGUCACCGGAAAUGGCAUUAAGCCCCAUGGUUUGAGUGUUAAUACACCAACGGAAUUUACUAUCGACACACGAGCGAUACCCAAAACGCCUGGUGACGAUAAUAAAUUGUCGUGUCUUAUUACCAAUCCAACUGGGGGUAAAAUGGAAAAAAUAAUUACACCCCAAAAUGACGGUACUUAUCGCGUUAGCUAUACACCUUUUGAAGAGGGACGUCAUACUAUUGACAUUCUUUACGACAAUGUUCCUGUUCCUGGAUCACCAUUCUCAGUAAAUGUUAAAAGAGUUUGUGACCCACGUAAAUGUAAAGCGUAUGGACCGGGAUUGGAAAAAGGAUUUGUUAAUAAAUCAAAUCGAUUUACUGUCGAAACAAGCGAUGCAGGAAACGGAGGUCUAGGCUUAGCUAUCGAAGGACCAAGUGAAGCAAUCAUGACUUGCACAGAUAAUUACGACGGGUCUUGUAGUGUCGAGUAUGUGCCAACGGAACCCGGCGAAUAUGAUGUAGCUAUAAAAUUUGGGGAGGUACAUAUACCUGGAUCGCCGUUCAAAGUCCAAGUAGAAAACGGUAUUGAUGCAAAAGACGUGACUGCUUACGGUCCUGGAUUAGAACCUGAGAUGAUUCGCGAAGGCAUUCCAGCGCAAUUUGUUGUGGAUACCAGUAAAUGUGACCCUGCACAGCUGGAUAUCAAACUGAAGACAGACAAAGGUCAGAUGCAGAAACCAGACAUUAAGCAUCGCGGUGAUGGUGUUUAUGAAGUAACUUAUCAGCCACCUGCUGCUGGCAGUAAUAUACAAGUCGGAGUUCUUUAUGGCGAUCAAGAUAUUCCUAAAAGUCCGUUUUCAUUCAAAGUUAAUCCAACUGUUGAACCCAACAAAGUUGUGCUGUCAGGUCCGGGAGUCGCAUCAGCAUGUACAGCCUCUUUUCCUGUUGACUUUGUCGUUGACACUUCAAAAGCCGGAUACGGCGAUCUUGAAGUUCAAGUACUUGGACCAGAUCAAGUACCGCGUAAAGUUAGUAUUCAAAAUAUCGGUGAUGGUAAAUACAAAGCAACUUAUUUGCCAGAUGACUGCGGUCGUUAUAAAGUAAAUGUUAAAUAUGGCGGCAAAGAAGUACCCGGAAGUCCGGUUAAUGUUCAAAGUGUGUCAACUGGUAAGGCUGAUAAGUGUAAAAUAAAAGAGGGCAUUCAACAAACUUUGGCACAAGGCGAAGAAUACUGUAUCAGUGUGGACACCGAAAAUGCUGGCCGUGGUGCUGUUACAUGUCGCAUACGUUCAACUUCCGGAAGUGAAGUUGUGGACAUUGAUAUUGAGGAUAAUGGAGAUGGAACAGUAAAUAUUUAUUAUACUGUUGCUGAUGCAGGGGAAUAUACACUUAAUAUCAAAUUUGGUGGUCAACCAGUGCCAAAUGGUUUCUAUACAUUUACAGCAUCAGAAGAAUAUCGUGAACAAAGUACCCACAAAACAACAGGAAGAAGGUCACACAACGAACGCGUAAUAGAAAAGCACAGCUCAAGUGUUCAAGAAAGCUCAAGAUUUACACGACGUAGUACAGCAAAUCAGCAACACGAAAGUGUUAAGUCAUUUAACUCAAUCCGUCUCAACAGUAUCCCUUUGCCAUCAGGUGACGGUACCGUGACAUCUGAAGUAAAAAUGCCAAGUGGAAACGUUGAUAAGCCAGUGAUCGAAGAUAAUCAUGACGGAACUGUUUCUAUAAAAUAUGAUCCAAGGGAAGAAGGUCUCCAUGAACUUUACGUUAAAUUUAAUGGCGAACAUGUUCAAGGUUCACCAUUUAAAUUUCACGUUGACUCUUUAUCGAGUGGUUACGUGACAGCUUACGGGCCAGGUUUAAUUUACGGAGUCUGCGGUGAGCCUGCGAAUUUCACUAUUUCUACAAAGGGCGCGGGUGAUGGCGGACUAUCCCUAGCCGUCGAAGGACCCAGCAAAGCCGAAAUUUCUUGCCACGACAAUAAAGACGGCACCGUAUCAGUGUCUUAUCUACCAACAGCUCCCGGAGAGUACAAAAUUUCAGUUAAAUUUGGAGACAAGCCAAUCAAAGGCAGUCCCUAUGUUGCCAAAAUAACUGGUGAAGGUCGUAAGAGGAAUCAGAUAUCUGUUGGAUCAUCAAGUGAAGUCCAGUUGCCGGGAAAAGUAUCCGAGGCUGACAUACGUUCGUUAAAUGGAUCGAUAACGGCACCAAGUGGUUUAGAAGAGCCGUGUUUUUUGAAAAAAAUGCCCAGUGGUAACAUUUGCGUGUCAUUUACGCCCCGGGAGGCUGGAGAGCACGUCGUCGCCGUCAAGCGAAUGGGAAAACAUAUUCAGAACUCUCCGUUUAAAAUAGACGUUAAGGAUCGCGAGGUUGGUGACGCUAAGAAAGUUAAGGUAUCAGGAAGUGCACUGAAAGAAGGUAAAACUCAUGUCGAAAACACGUUUUCCAUUGACACGCGCAAUGCUGGUUUCGGAGGACUGUCUCUGUCAAUGGAGGGACCCAGCAAAGCUGAAAUCCAAUGCAAAGACAAUGCUGAUGGUACUCUAAAUGUGUCUUACAAACCAACUGAACCGGGCUACUAUAUAAUGAACCUGAAAUUCGCUGACCAUCAUGUCGAGGGCUCGCCGUUUACAGUAAAAGUUACUGGAGAAGGCAGCAACCGGCAGCGCGAAAAAAUUCAGAGACGUCGUGAGGCCGUACCGAUUACCGAAGUCGGUAGCCAGUGCAAGCUGACCUUCAAGAUGCCUGGAAUAACUUCUUUUGAUCUGUCGGCCACGGUGACUUCACCCGGUGGCAUUACUGAAGACGCGGAGAUAAAGGAAGUCGAGGACGGACUUUACGCAGUUGCGUUUGUACCAAAAGAACUUGGUGUGCAUACGGUGUCGGUACGCUACAAGGAGAUGCAUAUUCCUGGGUCACCAUUCCAGUUUACGGUUGGUCCACUGAAAGAUGGCGGCGCUCACCGGGUCCAUGCCGGUGGUCCAGGUCUGGAAAGAGGCGAACAAGGCGAGCCCUGUGAAUUUAAUAUCUGGACACGUGAAGCUGGAGCUGGGACUUUAGCUAUUUCUGUUGAAGGACCCAGUAAAGCUCUCAUUGAUUUCAAGGAUCGUAAAGACGGUAGCUGUUAUGUCAGUUACUGUGUCUCUGAACCAGGUGACUACAGAGUGGGAAUUAAAUUCAAUGACCAACAUAUACCCGAUUCACCGCACAAAGUUUAUAUAUCACCAGCAGUUGGUGAUGCUCACAAAUUAGAAGUUGCUCAAUUUCCAGAGCAUGGUGUGCAACCAGAUAAUCCAGCAACGUUUUUAGUGCGUAAUAAUGGCGCACGAGGACAACUUGACGGCAAGAUCGUGUCACCGAGCGGAGUGGAAGAUGACUGUUUUAUCCAAGCAAUUGAUUCUGAAGAGUACUCUGUAAGAUUUAUGCCACGGGAAAACGGAAUUCAUAAUAUUCAUCUUAAAUUCAAUGGGGUACAUAUCAAUGGAAGUCCGUUCCGCGUGAAGGUUGGAAAGGUGGACGCUGAUCCAGCCGCUAUCCAGGCGUACGGUAACGGUCUCAAGGAAAUAAAGACAGGACAGAAAACAGAUUUUAUUGUCGACACUUGCAAUGCUGGCCACGGCGCGCUUGCUGUUACCGUUGAUGGUCCCAGCAAAGUCGCUAUGGACUGCACUGAAGUCGAAGAGGGUUACAAAGUCAGGUACACUCCUUUGGUACCCGGGGAUUAUUAUAUUAGUAUCAAGUACAAUGGAUAUCAUAUUGCCGGGUCACCUUUCAAAGUUACAGCAACUGGACAAGAUUUAGCUGAAAAAGGAGCUCAGGAAACGAGUUCCAUUGUCGUAGAAACAGUUCAGAAGUUUUCAAAAUCAAAACAAACUGGUCCAGUAUUACCGCGUUUCAAAUCUGACGCCAGCAAAGUUACUAGCAAGGGUAUGGGAUUAAAAAAGGCUUAUUUAGGAAAGCAAAAUCAAUUCAGUGUCAGUGCCGGUGAAGCUGGCAGCAAUAUUUUGUACGUUGGUGUUUACGGACCAAAAGGACCUUGCGAAGAAGUUUAUGUCAAACACGUUGGUCGUAAUAACUACAACGUCAGUUAUCUUGUACGUGAACGAGGCGAGUACAUCGUUAUUGUCAAGUGGGGUGACGAUCAUAUUCCUGGAUCACCAUUUAAAGUUGACGUUUAAUUUAUAUAACUAACCGGUUAAAUGUCAAUUAAUUUAUAUGUUUAUAAAUUAAUCAGCGGUCACGUGUCAGAUGUUAUGAGAUGCAGCUCAUUUAUGUCAGCACUUUUUUUUUUUUAAGUGCAAUACUAUCAGAUCGGAGGCAAUUAUUAUUAUUCUAUUGAAAAAAAUUUAAUUUUGUUAUUCUUUUGAUUGAUUUAAAAAUUCGCGCCUUCGAAUUAAUUUGUAGAAUUUUUUUUUUAUCAUUAAAUUGACAUAAUUGUGCUAUUUUUAUUAUUAUUGUUAUUACUUAUUAUAUAAAUGUUAUGAAAGCUUCAAUUGUAUUUAAAAAAAAAACAGCUUUUACUUAUAAUUAAUUAACUCAUUAUUAAAUUUUGAAUUUUAUAUUAAUUUUGAUUAAUGGAAAAAUGAUAAAUUACAAGAAAAGAUUAAAAUUAAAAUUUAUGUUUUUUGGUAAAUUAUUUUGGAUAAAAAAGCCAACAAUGUGCCUUUGAGAUUAUAUUUUUAA